CACACAUAACACAGAGGACCCUGACCUUACUGUGAUUCAGCGAGUGGACUACAGAGUAUUGCUUCGUGGUUUUGGCACUCUGACCAGCAGCCACCAUGAAGCUCAAGCUGCUACUGCUGCUUCUUGUCUUCUUCUGUACCUUCAUCAUACCUGCACAGCUGUCAAAACAUGACCACCAUCCAAAGCAUGACAAAAAGGAUCACAAGGAGAAACCAGGGGAGAGACAUGGCAACAAACAUGGAAAGCGGCGGGGAAGAGUAGAAAACCUGCAAGCUGACUACGAUGAUGACAGCAGUGAUGAUGAUGACGAAGAAAGGGGCCAAUGGCUGUUUCAGCUUCAAGGUGUCAGAGGGAGCUGCACCCCAAAUCCAUGCCUCAACAACGGACUCUGUGAGGAGAACCGAGGCAGAUUUAAGUGCAAGUGCCCCAGACCUUUCAAAGGCAGGGUGUGUGAGAAAAGUAAAAAGGCCUGCAAGUCGGACACGUGUGGAUAUGGUCAAUGUGUUCUUACAUCGACUCCUCCUUACUUCGCGUGCAAGUGUAAAGCACCUUUCCAACCCCCCGACUGCAAAAAAAUUGCCCCAUGCCAGUUGAACCCAUGUCUAAAUGGAGGUACCUGUGAGAAAGAUGGUCAAGACUUUGACUGUGUCUGCAAAACAGGUUUUACUGGAAAAUUCUGUCAGGUCGACCCAAAUGACUGCUAUAAGGGAAAUGGUGAGUCCUACAGAGGGAUGGUAUCAGAGACAGAGAAUGGAGAUGAUUGUCUUUUCUGGAAUUCUUACUUCCUUCUGGGUAAAGGAACAAACCCAUUCAAUACAUUGAACGACCCUCAGGGUCUGGGUCCUCACAACUACUGCAGAAAUCCAGAUGGUGAAUCAAAGCCAUGGUGCUUCGUACGAGCCGGAAGGAAGAUAAGAUGGGAUCACUGCGACGUGAGGAAAUGUCCCACUGAUGCCACCCCCACCACCCAUCCGGAACCGAAGCCCACUACAGCACAUUCUGCUGUCAUUCACCCGACCAUAAAACCCACCCCACCAGGUACUACAGAAAGUCCCAUUCCUGGAGGUGACACUGAUGGAAACCCCAUACCAGCCAGUGAUGCUACUGGAACCCCUUUACCAGUAAGUCACACUACUGGAACACCUUUUCCAGUUAGUGAGGCUGCUGGAACACCUUUUCCAGUUAGUGAGGCUGCUGGAACACCUUUUCCAGUUAGUGAGGCUGCCAGAACCCCUUUUCCAGUUAGUGCGGCUGCUGGAACCCCUUUUCCAGUUAGUGCGGCUGCUGGAAGCAACACACCAGGAAGUGACACCUCAGAAAUCUUUACCCCAGGAGUCCCAGCUGCACCCACCAUCCAGCCCAUGGAGAGACAGUUUGCAACCUGUGGCAAACCCCAACCAAAAAGGCCAAUAAAUCGCAUUUAUGGGGGUAUAAAGGCACUUCCUGGUGGUCAGCCAUGGCAGGCUUCUGUUCAGCUCAGACCCAAAGCUACAGUCCUGCCCUUCAAACACGUAUGUGGAGGCACCCUCAUUAAGCCAUGUUGGGUGUUGACUGCAGGACAUUGUAUUGAUAAGACAAAGGAUUACCGAGUCGUUUUGGGAACUAUUAAUUUGGCGAAGAACGAGCCGACACAGCAAACGCUGGAGGUUGUAGAGGCCAUUAUUCAUGAGCGAUACAAAGAGACAUCUGAGUCUGUCCACAAUGACAUUGCUCUGCUUAGGCUAAAAGACAGAAAUGGGAAAUGCGCAGAGGAGAGCCAGUUUGUAAAGACGGCCUGUUUGCCGAGUGAAGAUUUUCCUGAUGGAACCGUGUGCAGCAUCUCUGGAUGGGGGGCCACUUCUGAAUCACUGUAUGGCUCCAAUCAGUUACUGGAUGCUGAUGUGUUGCUGAUUUCCCAGGAAACUUGCUCCAGCGCUAAAGUAUAUGGGAACAUCAUAGAUAACGGCAUGGUCUGCGCCGGUCACUUGGAAGGUGGAGUGGACUCGUGUCAAGGUGACUCCGGAGGACCUUUGACCUGCGUGGGAAACCAGAUACACUAUAUCUAUGGCAUCGUUAGCUGGGGAGAUAACUGUGGAUUGAAGAACAAGCCCGGGGUAUAUACCCGGGUCAAAAACUUUGUGGACUGGAUCAACAGGACAACAGCUAGGGCGGGUGUGUAAAUUCUCUCACUGUUAGAAUAGUGCUGAUAAAGACAAAACGGCGAGGUUACAUAAUACAUACUGAUCAGUUUGAGGUGCAGAGAUUACUGCGAAACCAAAUUAUUUUCAGCAUCUACGGAAUUCGGUCAUUCAAUUUGAGAAACUGAGUAUUCCUUCCAGAAACUGUUGAUCAGAGGCCAAAAAAGUCUCAAAUAAACCUGCUCUUGAACCAAAUAUACUUCAUUACUGCAUUAAUACAAUAUACUGCAUUAAUGAUCACUGCUGCCAUACAGGGACCAUUCACUAGAAGCCUCUGUUGGAUCCGUCAAAGGUUCCACCUUUCCAUCUUGGUAAUCUGAUGUCAUUUCACAAGAUGGCAGCAGAGUGCAGGUAGUUUUACAUGAGUUUGGGUUUUAUGUGUACUGGUUACAAGUGUUUUCUCCCUUUCAAAAACAAAUAAUAAUAAUAAUAAUAAUAAUAAUAAUAAUAAUAAAAGGAGUAAU